CAGAGACCAGUGGAAUUUGUGCUCACGCCGGUGCAGCUGCCAAGUGAUUAUUUCAGCGGGGGCAGCGUUCACUGGGGGAAUGCACUGCAAUUCCUGAGCGCCAGUCGUUCGCAGACCUUGCUUUCGGUUAUCCGUGCAGCUCGGCCACUGUCGUUCAGCCGGAGAUAACUUUAGACCGCGGGCGAUAGCGCUGUCGAUGUGAAUCUGGUUUUGCGGACUGCAUAAGAGACGCUGCUGAUGAAAUGGUCAUGGUGAAUGAAAAAGUGGCUCACCCUCAGGAUCCACACCAGCCGACAGAGAAGCUGGCCAUCCGCUGCUUCAAGUGUGGAGAUCCAUGUAAAGGACAAGUGUUGCGUGUCCAGUCCAGGCACUUCCACCUUAAAUGCUUCACCUGCAAAGUUUGUGGCUGUGACCUGGCCAAGGGUGGAUUUUUCAUGAAGAACAGCGAUUACCUUUGCUCCCUAGACUAUCAGCGCAUGUAUGGAACCCGUUGCCAAGGCUGUGGAGAGUUCGUUGAGGGGGAAGUAGUGACAGCACUAGGAAAAACCUAUCACCCCAAGUGCUUCGUCUGCUCCAUAUGCAAGCGUCCUUUCCCAGCAGGAGACCGUGUGACUUUCAACGGAAAAGAGUGUCUGUGUGAGCACUGUGCCCAGCCAAAGUCCUCCAGUCCCAAAGCGGUUGUCAGUAGCAACAAUUGUGCCGGCUGUGGCAGAGAUAUUAAAAAUGGACAAGCCUUACUGGCUCUCGAACAUCAGUGGCACCUAGGGUGUUUCAAGUGCAAGUCUUGUGGGAAAGUCCUCACUGGAGAGUACAUCAGCAAAGAUGGUGCUCCUUAUUGCGAAAUGGAUUAUCAGAAUCUCUUUGGUGUGAAAUGUGAAGAGUGUGACAAAUUCAUCACAGGAAAGGUCUUGGAGGCAGGAGACAAACACUAUCACCCGAGCUGUGCACGAUGCAGCAAAUGCAACCAGAUGUUCACAGAAGGGGAAGAAAUGUACCUGCAAGGCUCAACAGUUUGGCAUCCCGAUUGUAAAAAGUCUACCAGGGCUGAAGAAAAGCAAAGGCUUAAGAAGCAAUUGCAAAGGCCGCUGUUGAGAAAGCCAACACGAUCUUCUUCUGAAAGUGUAUCCUCCAGACCUGGCUCCAGUAUCCCCAGUUCACCUGGUCACACAAUAUAUGCCAAAGUGGACAAUGAGAUUCUUGACUACAAGGAUCUGGCUGCCAUCCCCAAAGUUAAGGCUAUUUAUGAUAUUGAACGCCCUGACCUGAUCACCUAUGAGCCAUACUUUGGCGCUACAAUUGAGGAUCGACAUGAACGCCAUAGUAUGGGCGAGUCUCAAUACACAAGAAGCGACAGCGACUCAGUUUUUCAGAGUGAAACUUCGCCAAGGACACUUUCCCCUACACCUUCAGCUGAGGGAUACCAGGAUGCUCGUGAUCGACUGGUGCACAGGUCGUCCAGUCAGGGGUCUAUCAGCUCACCCAGCUACAGUCGUCACUGCUAUACGCCUACAGUUACACGCUCCCCACAGCACUUUCACAGGCCUGCUUUUCCAUUUUACAUAGGCACUGAGCCAUCCAGUGGUCGGAGCUCCCCUCUCCCUAUGCGGCCAGACAGCAGGCCUCUAACACCAUCUUAUGUUCAGACCCCUAAACAUUUCCAUCUUCCAGAUCAAGGAACUAAUAUAUACAGAAAGCCUCCUAUCUACAAGCAAUAUGAUGCAGCUGCAAUGGCAGCACAACUCAAGACAGGCGUGGAGAUCAUCAAAUCAUCCAAGUUCCCUGCCGCCCAGGCUCCAGAUCCUGAUCAGACUUCUGAGGUGGAGACUGACUACUGGCCAGGUCCAGGUACCAUAGACAGGAGGAGAGGCAGUGAGCGAGAAGAGGAAGAUGAGGAAAAACUCCGACGAAGGCAACUCCAGGAGGAGCAACUCAAUAAAAUCCAGUCAGGCCUUGGGAAGCUGAUUCUGAAGGAAGAAUUAGAAAGAGAGAAGCAAGCCCGCCUGGCAUCUCUCUCUCUCUCUGGUGACCCUCAUUUCAGGCAUCGUUAUGAUUCUGCAGGGAGUGCAUCCCUGCAUGCUUCUGCCUCCAAAACCUCCUCCCUCCCUGGUUACGGACGAAGUGGACUGCAUAGGCCAUUGUCGACAGAUUUCACCCAGUACGACAGCUGCAGUGAUGUAAGCGAAAAUGUCAGAGGUAGGGGAUGCCGAUUUGGCUUUUGUUUCUACUCAUGUCUUUAUGAAAUAGUUUUAAAUUCAGUAGUACUCAACUCUGAUGUAACUGGCUUUGCCUAUUUCUGCCCCAAGCAUAUAUGUAUGUCUUUCAUUAUAUGCUCUGAAUACAAGUAAGUUGCUCUAUCAUAAGGGGAGUUUUACUAUUCCUGUACUUGGACCUAUGGCAUAACUCUGCAUUUUCUCUAACCACAUGCUUUUAGAUGAAUGGAUGCACCUGCUACAUCUUGGUCAGUGUCAGAAUGACUCCAUGCAAUCAACAUAGGUUAAAACAGUGUAUGAAACUCGCACUUCAAAUGCUA